ACAUACUCUGUUGUAUCAGCCAGAGCAAGCAAUGAAUGGACUCUUAUUGCACGAUUCUCCAACGGAGAUUCUAAACACUGGAUGAACGAUGCUUCGUUUUGGUAUGACCGAGUCACUCCAUAUGAGGACGUGAACAACCCAUUAAACAAUACGGAUAUGAUUUCGGCUGCUUUUUGGAAACCAAAAGGACACGAAAUGAAGAUUACAAGAAGUGAUGAUUCCAGUCACAAAGCAUUACUGCAGACCACUUCCAAUUGUCUUCAAGGUGGGUUACCAGUAGUUAUAGGUACAUUAGUCUUAGAUUCAUUGGUUGAUGGGUAG